GGCGUUCGAGCGAGGUUGCGCUUCGUCGCGCAGCUGCCGCGCUGUGGAGGCUUGAUAGGACCCUUAUGAAAGUUCUUUGAGGACCUCAGGGGUUGCGAUAGCUGCUUCCAUGUUAAGCUUCUCUUCAGGAAAUGUGGCUGCUGGCUGGAGAAGUGAGGGGUAACCGAAACCGAGAGCCUUUGUGGGCUGUGGCAAUGAAGUCUGAGCCGCCGUAAAGUUGCUGCCUCGUACUCGGUUUCCAGCUUUCCCCCUGUUCUGGAGAAAUUAAGAAACUCGCCAGAGGCAUUAACAACUGGCUGUGACGAACCGUUAAAAGCAAACAGUGUGGAAGCGGAAUCUGAGGUCUUCUGCAGAAACUUCCUUUCUCACUUCUGUAGGAUGUGAAGAUGGAAUUUACAGUUAAACACACAUGGGAUGGUUUACCUGUGAGCCACGAGCCAGUAACAGUUGGGCUGAAGCCGGACAGUGCAGGACUGCUAAUGGACGUUAAUGCUCCCUUCUUUAAUGACCCUCCAGCACCUCUUGGAGAGGCAGGGAAACCUUUUAGUAGACUUUGGGACUACGAGGUUGUAGAAGCAUUUUUCCUGAGUGACAGCACUGAACAGUAUUUAGAAGUUGAACUUUGUCCCCAUGGACAACACUUGGUGCUGCUGCUGUCUGGCAGAAGAAGAGUAUGGAAUGAAGCACUUCCUUUAGAGUUUGAAGUGACCAGAAUGAAAACCAAAUGGGAGGGUAGAGCUCAUCUUCCCUGGGAUUACUUCCCUCCGUGCACUAACAAGUUCAAUGCAUUUGCAAUUCAUGGCUCAGGAGAAGAGAGAACAUAUGAAGCACUUUGUCCUGUGCCUCAACAUGAGCUACAGGAAGGGCAGAAACCAGACUUGUAAGCAUAAAGUUAGCUCUUCUUUAAUAUAGUUGCACUAUGCUUGGGAUAAUUAAAGCUAAUCUGAUUUUCAGACUGAAUGCCACUUGUACUUAAAUUACACUGCUUAGCCCCAGCUCCAUUGGCACUGCACAGUGCAUAAAGCAGUGUGGCAGAGGGCUGUAAUUAGUGCUUGAUUUCUAUGUUAUUUCCUAGGUGCAUAGAAAACACCAUUGGCAUCUGUUUUAUCACCUUCCUCAGCUAAAUCAUAUCUAGGUUGUUCUGCUUUUUCCUUGCCUCCAGCACCUCCCGAAAUGCCAUUUAGUGUUAAUUUCACUGGAUAGAAUUUCCAGUAAAUCUCAUUUGCUUCUCCCCUACUGUUAUAAACAACCUCACCUCUACAGAUGACUCCAUAUUAUGGAAAACUCUGAAAAGGCAAACUCAACCUAAAAGGUGUCAUAAAAAAGAUGCCCAUUUUCAAUAGAAAAACUGGAAUAUCUUGAAUUUGAAAUUGUGCUUAGGGCCUGAUCAUUUUCUUUGACUAUGAGGCUGAGAUGAUUUUGAUAAAAUCCGCCUACUUGUGGGCAUUCUAUACAAAUAAAUGAGCUCUAGAGAGUACACUGUAAUUCUUAUGUAGACAACAUACAGUGACAGGCAAGUAAGGUAUAUUCUAGAUUAAGUUACCCUUUUUUGCCAUUACUUAAGAAAAAUCUUUGUUUCUACAGCUGACUGUUGCCAAGAAAAUAUAUUAUUUUUCUCAAUGUAAUGUAAGAAAUGGAUACUUUUUUCUGUGGUAAACUGGAGAAUACCUGUAAUAUUUUGCAGGAAGGGAUUCUUUCCAUAUUACUGCUUCCAAAAACCUUUUGGUUUUUACAGAUGUUGGUAGCAGAUGCAAUUAUGUGAAGAGAUUUCUCCUUGCUACUUUCAUUGCUCUUGGUUUGUCUUUGCUGCUACAAAUUACUUCCUAGUAAGAGAAUUCCAUUUACCUUUUUAAAUUAUUAGUGUAGUGUCAGAUGUUCUGUCUUCUGUUUGGUUGUUGUUUAAGUAUUAAUUUGGGGUUGGCUUCAGUGUGUUCCUUCUAUUGUUUCUAUAUGGUAAUAGAAAUUCUUAGCAAGGACUGAUUCAUAAUGUUUAAAAGAAAACAAGACUUCUAGGCUUACAGAAAAAAAAAAUAUUUACUAGGUUCACUAUCCUAUGCAGUCUUCCUCUUUUCUGUAAGGAAAGGAUAUCCCUGUUCUCAGCUGGUCAAGAGCUGUAAAUUUUCACUCUGUUG